AUGGGUGGACCUAUGCUUCAGGACAAUCACCGGCUGCCAUGUGGAGUAUAUAUUGGAGUGAGAAGAGACUUGAUGUGGAGAGUCCAAAAGCAGCCCCAGCUUGCUACUGAAGUUGCAGAUAUAAAGUCAAAAUAUGAUGAAGAAAAGGGGCUUCGAGAAGCUGCUGAACAGAAGGUGACAAGCUUGACAGAAGAACUAAAGAAAGAGACGACUGUAAUUCAAGAUCUAAAGACUGAAUUGCUUCAAAGACCUGGUGUAGAGGAUGUUGCUGUAUUGAAGAAGGAGCUGGUCCAGGUUCAGACUUUAAUGGACAACAUGACUUUGGAGCGCGAGAGAGAGUCUGAGAAACUCCAGGAGGAAUGUAGAAAGCUACAGGCUGACUGUGCUACCUCCGAGGUUACCAUAAGCCAGUUAAGAAGUGAACUUGCUAAAGGCCCCCAGGAAGUUGCUGUGUAUGUACAGGAGCUGCAGAAACUACAAAGUUCAGUUAAUGAAUUAACUCAAAAAAAUCAGAAUUUGACUGAAAAGUUAUUGAAGAAAGAACAAGAUUACAUGCAAUUAGAGGAGAAACAAAACGAAGAGUAUGUUUGUAAAAAGAAUAUUCAAGCAAACCUUCAUCAAAAAGAGCUAGAUUGUCAGCAGCUUCAAUCAAAAUUAUCUUCAUCUGAAGCCUCCCUGCAGAGGGUACAGGGAGAGCUUAUUGAAAAGGGGGAGGUGAGCCAGAAACUCAAGGAGGAAUUGUCAGAAGUCGAGAGCAAGUAUCAGCAUCUCAAGGUGGAGUUCAAACAACUCCAGCAACAGAGAGAUGAGAAAGAGCAACAUGGUUUUCAGCUUCAAAGUGAGAUUAAUCAAUUCCACAGCAAACUUUUGGAGACAGAACGGCAGCUAGGUGAGGCCCAUGGCAGGCUUAAAGAACAGAGACAGCUCUCCAGUGAAAAGCUGAUGGAUAAAGAACAACAGGUGGCUGAUCUGCAAUUAAAACUCUCUCGUUUAGAAGAACAGUUGAAGGAAAAAGUAACAAAUUCCACUGAGCUGCAGCAUCAAUUAGAAAAAACAAGGCAGCAGCAUCAAGAGCAACAGGCCCUGCAGCAGAGCACGACCGCAAAGCUUCGGGAAGCCCAGAAUGAUUUGGAACAAGUACUGCGUCAAAUUGGAGAUAAGGACCAAAAAAUCCAAAAUCUUGAAGCCUUGCUACAGAAGAGUAAGGAGAAUAUUACAUUACUUGAAAAAGAGAGAGAAGAUCUUUAUGCAAAAAUUCAAGCUGGUGAGGGAGAGACUGCUGUUCUUAACCAGUUACAAGAGAAAAACCACACAUUACAAGAGCAGGUAACUCAACUCACUGAGAAGCUGAAAAAUCAAUCGGAAAGUCACAAACAAGCACAGGAGAACUUGCAUGAGCAGGUGCAGGAGCAAAAGGCACACCUACGAGCUGCUCAGGACCGAGUUCUUGCCCUAGAAGCCAACAUUAGUGAAGUGAACAGUCAGUUAAACGAGAGUAAGGAGAAGGUCUCCCAACUUGACUUACAGAUUAAAGCAAAAACUGAAUUACUGCUGUCUGCUGAAGCAGCAAAAACUGCUCAACGAGCAGAUCUUCAGAAUCACUUGGACACAGCUCAGAAUGCAUUGCAAGACAAGCAACAGGAGCUCAAUAAAAUCAGUAAUCAGUUGGAUGAAGUAACUGCUCAGCUGCAUGACAGGCAAGACCACUGUACCCAGCUGGAAGCUCUCAUUAAGGAGUUAAAGGAGAAACAGCUCUCUUACGAGCAGAGAGCUGAAGAAUUAGAGGGACAGGCGAAGAAACUGGAGGCUGAUAUUCUUGAAACUAAAGCAAGUAAGGAACAGAUUUUACAUGAUCUACAAGAGCAAAGGCAGCAGAAUGCUGAGUUAACUCUCCGAGCUGCAGAGCUCAGUCAACAGCUGGAAGCUGAGAGAGAAGUCGUCUCUAAUGCCCAUUUGGAUCUGCGGAAAAAAUCUGAUGCCCUUGAACAUGCAACGCAAAUGCUUUCCAAACAUGAGAAAGAAAAAGCAGACCUUAAGCAAGAACUUCAGAAACUGCACCAAGAUGCAGAGAGUCAACGUAAGGAAUUGGAUGGCAAGCUGCAAACAGUGGUGACAGAUUUGCAGCAAGUGAAGGUGGAGAGAGACCGUCUAAUAAAGGAACUUUCCACAACCAAAGACAAAUUAUCGAAAGCCUCAGAGUCUCUGAAAGACUCAAAGAAUGAAUUAGAAAAGGAAAAGCAGAGUGGAAAAACAGCUUUAGCAGAAUUGGAAAAGACUUGCAAAGAACUAAAGCAGAAACUUCAAGUACAGACUGAAUGUGCUGUUAAGGAAAAGAAUGAACUGAACAAGUUGUUUGAAAAGGAGAAGGAGGCUACUCAGCAAUUGAAGAAGGACCUCAGUGCUGCAAAGGAACAAGUCUUAUGUGUCCAAAAUGAUUUAAAAGAAAAGGGAAAAGAAGAGCAACAACUUCAGGGGAAACUAAGUUCACUAAAGCAGCUCCUUGAGCAGAGGAAGAAGCAGACUGAAGAACUCCAAGAAGAAAUGAAAGCCACACUUUCCCAGAAGACAGAACUUGAGAAUAAACUACAGCAGCAGAUAACGCUGUCAUCCCAGGACCUUGCAGCAGAGAGAGAUAAAAUAUCAGCAUUACAGAACACAUAUGAAAAAAGUCAGGAAAACCUCAAACAACUUCAGUCUGACUUCUAUGGGAAAGAAUCUGAGUUGCUAGCAACAAGACAGGAUCUCAAGUCUGUAGAAGAAAAGCUCUCUCUGGCCCAGGAGGACUUGAUUUCAAACCGAAACCAACUUGGAAACCAGAAUAAAAUGAUUCAAGAACUUAAGACUGCCAAGGCUUCUUUGGAGCAAGAUGUAGCCAAAAAGGAACAGCAGUUACAAGAGCAGGGCAAAGCACUACAGUCUGUGCAAAAAGACAAGUCACUGAAAGAAAAAGAACUAGCUAAUGAAAAGUCCAAAUUGAUGGAACUUCAAGAAACCAAGGGUCGGCAGGAAAAAGAAAUUUCCAAAUUGAGCGAAGAACUUGGGUCCUACAAACAAGAAAGCCUGAAGGAAAUAACAAAUUUAAAGGAUGCCAAACAGUUGUUGAUUCAGCAGAAACUAGACCUUCAGGGCAAAUUAGAUGCUCUGAAGUCAGCUCUUGAACAGGAAAAGAAGAAUCAACAAGUAAUAAAAGAUCAAUUGAAAAAGACCGAAGAUGAGUUGAAGAAAGAAUUCACUGAGAAGGAAGCCAAAUUGCAUGCAGAAAUAAAAGAAAAAGAAGAGAAAAUUAGGAAACAUGAAGAAAAUGAGACUAGACUCACCAUGCAAGUGACAACUUUGUUUGAGAAUUUGAGCACAGUAAAGAAAGAAUGGCAGGCCAGCCAACGGAGGGUUAGUGAGCUAGAGAAACAAAUAGAUGAUUUACGGGGCGAAAUUGCAGUAUUAGAAGCAACUAUUCAAAAUAAUCAAGAUGAAAGGAGAGCGCUGUUGGAAAGAUGUCUCAAAAGUGAGAGCGAAAUAGAGAAGCUUCAAGCCAAAGUACUAGAAUUGCAGAGAAAACUGGAUAAUACAACUGCAGCAGUGCAGGAAUUAGGCAGAGAAAACCAGUCAUUACAGAUCAAACAUACACAAGCUUUAAAUAGAAAAUGGGCUGAAGAUAAUGAGGUACAGAAUUGUAUGGCCUGUGGGAAAGGCUUUUCAGUCACAGUGAGACGGCAUCAUUGUAGACAAUGUGGGAAUAUCUUUUGUGCUGAAUGUUCAGCCAAAAAUGCCUUAACUCCUUCUUCAAAGAAGCCUGUUCGUGUCUGUGAUGGGUGUUUCAAUGACUUACAAGGAUAACUAGUUAUCAUGUUCAUCAACAAGAUUACACUAAUAUUAGUUUUAAUAAAUGCACUUCACAGAGUACUUGGACUACUAUUUGAUUUGGACAGUGGUUGUAAUACUUGGCAAAAUCGGUAUAUUUUGAAAUGUUUAUUAAUAUCAAGUAAAACGCUUCUAUUUUUGUGAGACUUGGGCUCAUCACCUGUUGCUUUCUUUCCACUUACCCUGAAAACAGCUUUCAUGCCUAGUUUAGACCUAUCUAGUUAAAUGUAAAUAAAUUUUGAACAGAGAAUAUCAAUGUAUUUUUUUAAAACAUAAUUUCAUUGCUCACAGACAUUUAUGUAAUCUCACAGCUUCUUUUCUACUUUCUCCAAAAUCUAACUUACAGAAAUGUACAAGGAUUCAAUAUAGCAAAUGUUUGUUUUUGUUGCACGUUAACAUCCUCCUGUGUUUGUAUGCAUUAAACGUCUUCUCUACAAAAUCAUGCACAGCACCAUAAAACUUGCCAACCCCCUUUAUUCUUGUAUCAUUUACAUCAUUUUCCACUUGCACCAUUUUGAUGUUGUAAAGAUGUUGCUUGGGUAUUUUAAAUACACUGUAUGUUAAGAAAACUAUUUGUCACAAAUUCUAGCCUGGCUUUUGUUUUAUCUUGAUCCGGUUCUCUUAUUCUCAUCCCAUAGACUUCUGUGAAACCAAUCCCUUGGGGGAUUGGUCCUUGGGGAGAUGUUUGAAAGGUUGAGAAUUUCUUUUGUCUAAAAUGCAUUUUUUUUCUCUUUUCCUUCUUUGUAUUUCUCAGCUCUUAUUCUUCUUUCUCCUGUCCUCCACCUAAAUAAGAAUCUCACAAAAAUCUCCCACUAAUUGUUGAAGAAAAUAUAUGAUAUAUAUUCAUACUAAAUUGUGUUUACUUUCAAGUUAGUCUUCUGAGAGUAGCCAUUUUAUAUAACUUCUCUUUUUGUGUUUCCCUUAAGGCAUAUGAAAUUCUCAAUUCUUUAAUUGUUUGGUUUUUUUUUUCUUUUUCAUAAAAUCACCCCAAACUAUGUUAGGUAUGUCUAAUUGACUCAUAACUUUGCAUCUUAAAACUGGUAAUUGAUAUUUAUUCCCUAUUUUCUUCAUGUAAAUUACUGGAAAAUUUCUAAAGUGAUAAAAUAACAAAUUUUGAUCCAGAAUUUAGUUUUCCACUUAGUCUGAGAAAUCUUUUUACUUUGAAAAAAAUAAUGCUUUAUGGUUACCUUGGAGAUAGACAUUAUUUCCCCAAAUUGUUAUAUUAUUAAGUCCCAGAAGUUAGCAGAAAUGAGCAGAAACAGGAAGUAGCAUAUGGUAUAGUGGAGAGAUUGCUCAGCUGUCUUAGAUACCCGUGUUCUAGCUAUGCUCAGCCCUUGGGCUACUUGGGCUCACACAAGUUAUUUAGCUUUUUGGAGCUUCUAUGACCUUAUCAAUUUAAAAAAGAAGGAUGAACUAAAUGAUCCUGCUGAUUUUAAGACUGAUUCAUACCUAGAGGAAGUCUAUGAAUACUUUGGAGACUGAAAAUUGCCCUUUGUUUUAUGUUUUUUAUGAGUUUAUAAAUUAUGAAAUUUCCAAAAUAAGUUGAAGUUGGCCUUGGUUAUUGAUAUUUUCUAGAAAAGAAAAUGAGCAUAGUGGGAAGAGUGCUGGACUUAGAAUCAUAAAGACCUGAAUUCAAAUUUCACCUCUGACACUUAAUAGCUGUGUGACCCUGGGCAAGUCAACCUCUCUUGCCUGCAGUUUCUCAUAAAAUGAGGGGCUUAGACUCAGUGGCUUCUAAGUCCCUUCCAGCUCCAAAUGUAUGAUCCUAUGAUGUGCAGCAAACAGAAGAAAGGUAAAUUGCUGAUAAUUAGGAAAAAAUUAGAACUAGGCAGGUUUUCUUUUGAAGUCAGUAUUUUCUAGGGUCGUUUUCAAAUAUUGUGCCAUAAGUGACGUUACACAUAUCCGAAAUAUACACUGUCAAGGAGUGUAUUUUUGCUUAGCUGUUAACAGAAUCAUGCAUGUAAACCCUUUUACCAAUAGUAAUUAAAUGUAUUGAAUAAGCCCCUGAAAAGGAGACAAGCGUAAACCCUCAGGCAGAUGUGACAAAGGAAAUGAAUGGCUCUUCAUGAAAGAUAUAACUUGACUAGUUGAAAUCAAAAAGGGCUCUUUUAUUUUGAAAAUUCCCCAAAUAGCUUUUUUACCUUUGAUAUCUGUGACCAAUACACACGCAGUGACGUUGGUUUAUGGUGUUUAAGGCAAACUGAAGCGCACGGUAUCACAGCAUAGUUUUUAGAACAGUCAGUAUCAUGAAAACUCCUCAGGAUUAGACGCUUGACUCCCUUCCUUGCUUGGGGAUGCACUGAAUGUCUCUUCCCUCUCCAGAAGAAAAGUGAUAUGGAAACUACUAAAGAAAUAGAUCCUUUGUGCAUUCUCACAAGCUCGUCGCGCUAAUGUUGUUAUCACCAUCACAUAGCUUUCUGCUCUUGAUUCAUGAACCUAAGAUGUUUUGGAAACAAAAGGACAUUUUUUUCCCUUUAAAAAAAAAUUAAAAUGUGUUCCUGGGCCACAUAUUUCCAAUGUGGCUGCUAGGCGUCAUUCUUGUGUCUGUGACUUAGAGCUGGCGGGUCCAGAUCUGUGAUUUGGCACUGAUGCAAAGCAGGCUGGAAUAUUUCAGAUCCAGACGCAGAAGAAAUACUUUAAAAAAAAAAAAAAGGCAGGCCUUGCUGGUUGAGUGUACGCCAGACUGUACCUAUAGAACUUUUGUAGAAAGAAGACUAAAAAAUGCUGCUUGCACAGGAUUUGUCUCUUUUGUAAGGAAAAAAGGGGGUGUGGGUGGGUGGGAAUAAACAGAAAACCUCAAUGCAGGAUAUGAAUAGCAUUUUGUUUCAACUACCUCUCAGUGUGGAAUUGAGCUAAUUUUGAGUAGGGCUUCCUAACUUUAGUGGUAAUAAUUGCCGAAAUUGUUUGUAUCCCAUUGCCCUGAAAGAGGUGAUUCUUGGUGAUUAUUUUUAAAUUGUACAGUUUUGAGAUUUGUAAAGCGAAUUCUGUUUCUUUAAACCUGUCAUAAAGAUGUUUCUUUUUUCCUUUAGUAAAGAGCAGAUUAUUAUCACACACUUUGAUAAUUGUGGUCUGCAUGACCACAGCGAAUUUUAUAUGCACUUUGGUUAUUAAACCACAGAUAUUAUCACAUCCACAAAACUCAAUGUGCCAUUAAUUUAAACAUAAGCUUGAUGAAUGGUAUUCUGUAAUGAAAGCGUGCCACACGUUAUCCUGUCUUAAUUGUCAUUUGCCUGGAUUCUAAUUUUUCAUUAUCAUUGCAGAUGUGAAUAUUGUGCAUAGACCUAUGGAAUUGAUGUAAACAUGUAUAAAAUAGAAUGGGAAAUAACUAAGUUCUUGCUGUGUACAGACUGGUAACACAAUACGGUUACGUGUACAUGAAAACUGGAUCAGACUCAUUAUCUGUAGAUGGGUUUGCAUGAGUUUUUUAUCCGAUCUUUUUGUUUCUUAAUUUGUGUUGUAUUUACUACUUGUGAUCAUGUGCUUGUGCCUUAUAUUGUGGAAGAGUUUAGUUCAGUGUGCACUGUACUACCUGAACUCAGGAUUGGAUGGUAAUUGAUUCUAAUUGUACCAUAAGGUGACCCCAAAUGGUGGUACCUAAUUCUGUAUAAAGAGCAUUGGAAGGAGGCUUGUUGCAUUGUUGCAUUUGUUUUUUAAUCUGUUAAAAGGAUAUUAAUAAAAACCUUUCUAGCA